GGGCGCACCGCGGGGCGGGCUCUCUCUCCCUCCGGCAGGCUGAGGCGACGCCCUGCUGAGUCCCUGUCGCGGAAGCUGGCCCGUCCGCUAUGGCCGCGGGGAGCGCCCCGGGGUGGGCCGUGGGGGCCCUCGGAGUGGUCUGCCUGUUGCUCCGGUUGGAUUUCAUUAGCUGUGAUUCCCAAGUAAUAUAUGGAGCUGUGAACAAGAAUGUAACUUUAUACGCAUCAAGUUUUAAACCCUUUAAGGAGAUCGUGUGGAAAAGAGGAAAGGAUAAAGUUGUAGAAUGGGAUGACCAAUCUGAAGUCAGAGCUUUUCUGUCUUUUAAAGAUAGAGUUCAUUUAGACACUGUGUCGGGUAACCUCACAAUCUUCAAGUUAACACAAUCAGACGAAGAUGAGUACGGAAUUGAAUCCCCAAGUGUUAGAAAUAACAGCAAGUUCACCCUCAAAGUGAUCGAGUCUCUUCCAUCACCAACACUAUCUUGUGCAUUGACUGACGGGAACAUUACACUCCAGUGCGUGAUCCUGGAAGCUUACGACACCCAUGUAGAACUCAUACAGUACUCCUGGGACUGUCCUUCGACAAUACAGUGUCAGAGUGGCUCAAAACCAUCUGAAGCGUAUGUUACGAAGGAAGGUGAUCUUUCACAGGAAAUUCAGUGUAUCAUUAGCAAUCCAUUAUUCAGAAGGACAACGUCAAUCAUUUUGUCAACCUGUGUCCCGAGUGACAAUACAAGGCACAGGUUUGUGCUUUUAGCCAUACUGCCAGCACUAAUAUGUGGUUUGCUGUUUAUAAAAUGUUUUCUGAGACGCCCAUAGCAGAUAAACACAGAGAACUAGCACCUGUUGUUUGGUAACAGAAGAUGAAGUCAAACGCAUGCUAAUUAAGUUAUUUCAGUCACUUUGAGAAGGCAUCUGAUUUACCAUUUGAGUAUUACCUCAUCCUUGAGGAAACUUUGGAAGUCUAACCUGAAUGGACCCUUAAUAAGAAGCAAUGUUUCAGGACUUCCCUGGUGGCGCAGUGGUUAAGAAUCCGUCUGCCAAUGCAGGGCACAUGGGUUCGAUCCCUGUUCCGCGAAGAUCUCACAUGCUGCGGAGCAGCUAAGCCCGUGAGCCACAACUACUGAGCCGGCGCUCUAGAGCCUGCGAGCCACAACUACU